AUUUACGUAACCCUUUACUUUCGAACCGCUGUUUGAACCAAUAUAUCGCCGGCAUUCUUGUCCUCAGUGAGCAAGCUUCUGAGCAGCUUCUAAACAGUUGUACGCAGAACAUUGUAUAAAAGUACCCACCUUGACCCGGGCGCUGUUGUCUUAAUUCGCUAGCAUUUCAAGCCUGUAAUCCUUGGCGGAGCAUAAUUGAAGCUUUACCAUAUAUUACCUAUGAUGGCUAAACAGUCUGUAACAGAAUAUUUGCUCUCGAGUCCUGAAGUAGCUGACCUCUACAAGCGAGCUACAGAAAGCCAAUUUCUUAGUCUCGCUGGUCAGGGUCAGCUUCCUCCAGAUGUGCUCUGCCAGUGGUUAUCUCAAGAUCGGCUCUAUGCCCAGGCCUACAUCCGCUUUGCUGGAGGGCUGAUCUCCCGCGUUAAGCUACCGACUACGUUAGAUGGUCAGGAUAUCACAAAAACGCUGCAAUGGCGAAUCCUGUCAUUGCUGCAGAAUGCUAUGGCAGGAGUCACGAGAGAAUUAAAAUUCUUCCAAGAGACCGCUAAGAAAUAUGAGCUGGACCUCGAAGCUCUCGGGCCCGUGGCUGAAGGAGACAACUUAUCCAAGAAGUCUGCUGGAUUCGGGCCUAAUAAGGUGACGAAAGACUACAUCGAUUUAUUCGACUCCUUCUCCGCGCAGCCUCACGGGAACUUAUCCAGAACUCUUCUGGAUGGGUUGGUGGUGCUCUGGACUACGGAGAAGGCUUAUUUGGACGCGUGGACGUAUGCGAAGCAGCAGGCCUCCGAGAAUGCAAAUACAAAAGGGGAUCUCGACGGCGGAGCCUUGAGAAAGGAGUUUAUUCCCAACUGGACCUCGGAGGAGUUCCAGGCUUUCGUCAAGGAGUGCCAGGAGUGCCUGGAUGCUUACGCCGCUAGCCAGGACGAGGACACGGAAGAAGUCGCUGCGGCUAGCUCCAUGGCGAUAUUCAAGAAAGUCUUGGUGCUGGAAGAAUCGUUCUGGCCUAUGGUGGCUUGAAGACCUUUAUUACCGGAGGAGGUUGGGUUGGAAGAGAUCAAAGUUGAGAAGAAGACUUGCUACAGCCAAAAUUAUAAAUUGUACUAUAUAAAAGGUACCUAAAUUAUACUUCCAGCUGACGCAUUAGAAUUCUGUCAAGACUUGGAUACCAGGUACCUAACGUUAUGGUACUUACCUACCUGGUAUAAUACUAUAGGUACCUGAGGUACUCAAUUAUAGUGGAUCUUUAAAC